GCUGAGACGCAGAUCCCAACUUCCGCCGCUUGGUGCGUUUUCUAUGGGGCAGGCAUCAUCGGCACGCUGGUCCUGUAUGGCAUCCUGCAGGAGGGUAUAAUGACAGUGGCCUAUGAUGGCAACCUCUUUCAGUACUCGGUGUUCCUGGUUCUUUGCAAUCGACUGGCGGCGGUGGUCUUCGCCGUCUGCAUGGCGGCAAGCAAGGGCGAGUCCAUGCAAAACGCCGCUCCUCUUUGGAAGUAUCUCAUCGUCUCCCUCUCCAACGUCUAUGCCAGCUCCUGCCAGUACGAGGCCCUGAAGUACGUGUCCUUUGCAGUUCAGAUGCUGGGGAAGAGCUUCAAGAUGAUGCCUGUUAUGAUCUGGGGCAUCAUCAUCUCCGGCAAGGCGUACAGUGGAAGAGACUGGCUGGUGGCACUCUCCGUCACUUUGGGCUGCACGGAGUUUCUGAUGACGGGCCCGACCCAUUCCAAGGUGGAUGCUGGCAACAGCUUUAAGGGCUUCUUGCUUCUUGGCUGCUUCCUGGCGCUGGAUGGUCUCACCUCCACGUUCCAAGAGAAGCUAUUCAAGGAGCACAAGACGACCAAGUACAACCAGAUGCUGUACAUCAACCUGCUCUCUGCCACCGUCUCCCUGAUCACCUUGCUUGUGACAGGCGAGUUCGCACCCGCAGUGGCCUUCGGCUUUGCUCACCCGCAGUUCUGGCUUGACUCCGCACUGCUUAGCGCCUCGGCAGUCGCCAGCCAAUUCUUCAUUUACUCGCAGAUCAAGGAGUUCGGUGCCUUAGUCUUUGCGGCGACGAUGAACGUGCGCCAGGUGGUGUCGAUUCUCGUUUCCUAUCUCAAGUACCACAAUCCGGUGACGCCACUGCAGAUCCUGGGCUUGGCGCUCAUCUUCUCCGCCCUUUUCUAUAAGUCUGCAGCCGCGAUGUUGGAAGCACCUUCCAAGGAGGAGAAGAAGCCCAUCCUGGAGGAUGCCAAGACCAAGGCCGAGGAAGCCAUCGAAACCUCGACGGACAAGGAUGCCGGUAAGGUGGUCUGA